CGCGGAAGCACCCGACGCCGGCCGACCAGCGACCCAGGCCGGGCAACAGGAGCGGGAGACACCGCCGGGGGAGCAAGGAGGAAGAGACUAGCGGGCGGAGAGUUGGCCCUGGAUAGAGAGUGUGGAAAAAGAGAGAGGACGAGUGUGGCGUCCUGGAGCCUGCCGUCCCAUUCGUCAUCCCCUCCUCUCUUCCUCUGCUUAGCCAAGCCUUCAGGUCUCGCCAGACUCCACGACUUUCCCCCCUUCUGUCUCUUCUUCUUCUCCCCUUUUAUCCAGAACUCCUCAUCCUCUGCAGCUGGGAAAACUUUUCAUCCGUCUCUACACCUCUCACACCUGUUUCUUUUCGCUCUCCCUUCUCCCUUUCACCGCUCUUCCCCCUCCUCUCCUCUUACGCCUUUGACUCAUCAUGGCCUCCAAACUGAACCCCAACGUCCUGUAUGUGGCGGAGCCGGGCGGGUCGCUGGGAUCGCCCCAAGCAGACUCUGAGAGGACUCAUAUUGCUGGAGAAGCUGGAGAAGAGUCAUCAGACAGCGACGGGGAACAAGAGGAGACGUCGCACAAACUGAUCCGCAAAGUGUCGACCUCGGGACAAAUAAGGGCCAAGAAAAGUGUCAAGGAGGGAAUCCUGUUGAAGCAGACCAGCUCCUUCCAGAGAUGGAAGAGGAGGUACUUCAAACUCAGAGGGAGGACCCUCUACUAUGCCAAAGACUGCAAGUCUCUGAUUUUUGAUGAAGUGGACCUAUCGGAUGCAAGUGUAGCCGAGACCAGCACCAAGAACAUCAACAACAGCUUUACGGUGAUAACACCAUUUCGAAAACUCAUGUUGUGUGCUGAGAGCAGGAAGGAAAUGGAGGACUGGAUCAGCGCUCUCAAAUCCGUCCAAAAAUGGGAAACCUAUGAGGCCAGCCAGUUCAACAUGGAGCAUUUCUCCGGGAUGCACAACUGGUACGCCUGCUCGCACGCCAGACCCACCUUCUGCAACGUCUGCAGGGAGGCUCUGCCGGGCGUCACCUCCCACGGCCUGUCCUGUGAAGUCUGUAAAUUCAAGGCUCAUAAGCGCUGUGCAGUUCGCUCCACCAACAACUGCAAAUGGACCACGCUAGCCUCCAUAGGAAAUGACAUCAUUGAGGAUGAGGAAGGGGUGUCCAUGCCCCACCAGUGGCUGGAGGGCAACCUGCCGGUCAGUGCCAAAUGUGUGGUGUGUGACAAGAACUGUGGCAGCGUGCGACGGCUGCAGGACUGGCGCUGCCUCUGGUGCAAAGCCAUCGUCCACAACAGCUGCAGAGAACAAAUGGGGAAGGUGUGUCCCUUCGGUCAAUGUCGAGUGUCAAUCAUCCCUCCCACUGCUCUUAACAGCAUCGACUCAGAUGGCUUUUGGAAAGCCACCUCGGGGUCAUGCUCCAGCCCUCUCCUUGUCUUGGUCAACUCCAAAAGUGGGGACAACCAGGGGGUCAAGUUCCUCCGCAAGUUCAAGCAGCUUCUCAACCCAGCUCAGGUCUUUGACCUGAUGAACGGAGGACCAGAGCUUGGCCUCCGCCUUUUCCAAAAGUUUGUGACGUUUCGUAUCCUGGUGUGCGGAGGGGAUGGCAGCGUGGGCUGGGUGCUCUCUGAGCUGGAUAAACUCAACCUCCAUAAACAGUGCCAGCUCGGUGUGCUGCCUCUGGGCACGGGCAACGACCUGGCUCGUGUUCUGGGCUGGGGAGGCCUCUGUGACGAUGACGCUCAGCUGCUGCAGAUCCUGGAGAAGCUGGAAAGAGCCACCACCAAAAUGCUGGACCGAUGGAGCGUGAUGACAUACGAGGUGCCCACCACCAAUAAACACACACCGAUAGUGAAGGAAGACGACAGCCUCGAUUCUCCUCUGCAGGUCCACAUCACUCAGUAUGCAGACUCCGUGGCCUCCCACCUUGCCAAGAUCCUGGACUCGGACAAACACAGUGACGUCAUUUCCUCUGCCAAGUUCCUGUGUGGGACGGUGCACGAUUUCGUGGCGGAGGUGGGGAAGGCGUACGAGAGAGCCACAGAGAACAAGGAGGAGGCAGACGCAAUGGCGAAGAAGUGUGCAUUGCUGAAUGAGAAGCUCGAUUCCCUCGUCAAGGCCUUAAGCGAGGAAGCGGAAGCCCAGGUGGUCCCAGCAGGUUCGGUGCCCAGCCAGGAGAGUGGCGGCUCGAGCCCCGGUGAAAGUGGCGGUGAGUCGGGUUCAGAGGGCAAAACAUACAGGUCCAAGGAGCAACUGAUGCUCAGGGCCAACAGCCUGAAGAAAGCCCUGAGGCAGAUCAUCGAACAGGCUGAGAAAGUGGUGGAUGAGCAGAACCGACACACGCAGGUCCAGAGGAUGUCGUCCUCGUCCUCCAUCAAAAGAGAAAAUAGCGAGGAGCUGAAAGAUGCUGAGCAACGUCAAGGAAUCUUUAGUCCCACCUCCCCCAUUGUCCUGGAGAAACCAGAGAGCCUCAACACCGUCACCUUCAACGAGGACUCUGUACAAUGUUCAGAGAAGUGUGUGAUGAACAACUACUUUGGUAUCGGCCUGGACGCCAAGAUUUCCCUGGAGUUCAACAACAAGAGAGAUGAGCAUCCAAAAAAAUGCAGCAGUCGCACCAAAAACAUGAUGUGGUACGGGGUCCUGGGGACCAAAGAGCUGGUCCAGAAGACGUACAAGAACCUGGAGCAGAGAGUUCAACUGGAGUGCGACGGCAUUCCCAUGUCUCUGCCGAGUCUGCAGGGCUUGGCUGUGCUCAACAUCCCCAGUUAUGCAGGCGGUAUCAACUUCUGGGGAGGCACCAAGGAGGAUAAUAACUUCGGGGCCCCGUCAUUUGAUGAUAAGAAGUUGGAGGUGGUGGCAGUGUUUGGCAGCAUGCAGAUGGCCGUGUCCAGAGUCAUCAACCUGCAGCACCACCGCAUUGCACAGUGCCGUCAGGUAAAGAUCACCAUCCUGGGGGAGGAGGGGGUUCCUGUGCAGGUGGACGGAGAGGCUUGGAUCCAGCCGCCAGGCAUUGUCAAGAUCGUCCACAAGAACCGGGCACAGAUGCUCACCAGAGACAGGGCGUUCGAGAGCACGCUGAAGUCGUGGGAGGACAAGAGGAAGAUUGACAGCUACCGCGCCACCCGGCCCCGCCUUAACUCCCAGCAGUCCAUGGAGUACCUGACUGAGGAGGAGUGCGCUCAGGUUCAGCAGCUGGGCAUGGUGGCUGACACACUCAUCAACAAGAUUCGUGAGGCAGCCAAGACCCACAAGCUGGUGGAGCAGGAGUUGGCUCAUGCCGUCAACGCCACCGCCCUAGUGCUCACCGAGGCCAAACUGUCCAGUCCCGAGUGCCUAAGUCGCAGCACAGCGGUGGAAAUUGUCAACAGCAGUAAAGUUCUCCAGGCUGAGACCAGGAUGCUGCUCGAUGGAAAACUACUGUCGGAGUCCCCGGAGGAAGAGGAGCUUCAGUCGACCCUGAACAGCCUCAGUGCCGAGCUCCACAAGCUGGACGACAUCCACUGGAUCUGCCCGCUCAUGCAGUGCUCCGAGGAGGACCCGGGGAGGGGCACCAGUAAGAGCAGCAGCAGCAGCAGCAUGAAGCUGAAGAUCAUACCCAAGGUGAAGAAGGAGAGAGAGAGGCUCCACAAGCAGAAGUCCAACAGCUCUCUCUCAGGAACUUGGGAUGUCAAAGGUGGGGUCUGUGAGGCGGAUUCCUCAGGCAACUGAGGUCCGAGCAUGAGGUGCUUUAUGACUACCGCCCCCGUUACCCUGAAAACCAGGGGUUAGGAGCACCCCUCCUGUUCCCCCCUCUAACAGCGACGCCCAGUGGCUUGCCAGAGGUGUGAGGAAGAAAAUGAAAACCAUGUUCCCGACUUUAAUGCCAUUUCCUCCCUGUUUGACUUCUUUUUCCUCC